AUGAUGCAUGCAGUCGUGCGAGGAUCAGGUUGCAAGGGACCAGUGUGCAAUGUGUUGUUUGAUAGAUAUCAAGGGGAUGGGUUUCAUGGAUAUGUACUGAAGGACCGUCGGUAUCGUAGAGAUGACGAAAUCACUCUAGAUACAAGCAUGUUCCUCAAAGCACAGCGUAUAGCCUCGUCCAUCUUGCAAAACACGGACGCCAAGAACACCAAAAAGAAAUCAUUGACUCUGCCAAUAACUCACUUCUCUCUCUCCACAGAAUCGCCGUAUUUCGAAAUUCCAGUCCAGAACGUUACUGCGCGAGUCGGAAGAACGGCCAAACUAACCUGUGUGGUGGAAAAUCUCGGGCAUUUUAAGGUUGCGUGGGGAUACAAGGUCACAGGAGCUGUACUGACCGUGGCGACUCAGGUCAUCACGAAAAACACUCGCAUUUCGGUGCAGAGGGAACAGCAGUCGACCUGGGUUCUCACCAUCUCCAACGUGACCAUGAAGGACCAGGGGGAUUACUGGUGCCAGGUGAACACGUCGCCGCCACGCUCCAUCUCAGGCUACCUCUCUGUCGUCGAGCCGCCGGUGAUGGAGGGCGGCAACGAGGAGGUGACCAUCACGUCGGGCGAGGUGGCCAACCUGACCUGCCGGGCGAGAGGGACGCCGACGCCGACCAUUCGCUGGAUCAGGGAGGACUACGACCGGAUCAGGAUCAAUGCUACGUAUUUCGCCUCAGACUACAUCGGCAGCUCCCUCCUGCUCCGCACCGUGAACCACCGGAGCGCCGCCGGCUACCUCUGCAUCGCGAGCAACGGCCACCCUCCGUCGAUCAGCAGGAGGGUCAUCGUCCACGUCAAGUAAAAACCCUUGAUUCAGAAUCCUCCUUCUACCCUGUGGGCGUCUCAGGGGAGCUCCAUCAGCCUGACCUGUUUGUACGCGGCUUAUCCCGCUCCUCAGGUGAUGUGGAUGCGGGACAACUUCCUCGGGUCGCAGCUGCUCAGUGACGAGUACUUCACCGUCACGCCGCAAGAUGGCCACCCGCCUUUUACUGUCUAUAAAGUUUGUAUAAUCAAGUUAUAUUGUAAAGAGAUUGAAGAUGUAUCUCGGAAACGGAUUCAGAAUCGCUGUCGUCUCAGAACUUCAGGCGGUGCUCUCGUGAUAUUUAAGACAGGAUCGUGGAAAACCGUGAGAUUCGAUUGUCUCUUUAAGGAUGAUCUAGUAAACAGCCACAACAUGACUCUCAGCAUGAGGAACCUGGUGCUCUCGGACUUCGGCGCUUACACCUGCAUCAUCAAGAACUCACAGGGGGAAGCUCUGCUAUACGGGGGUCAGCAGCUGUGUCUAUUCAGGUAUCAAGUCGUGACAACCACCACGACGACCCCCCCUACCACCACGACCACCUCCCCGCCCCCAUCUUACAAUGACUAUGAUGACAACGCCAAAAACCUGACUGCGCCCCUGGUCGUGAACACUUCACCGGAUCUGACAAGGGAUGGUGGAAGCAGUCCUAGAGGCGUACUGGGUGUUGCAUUGCUGUCUGUUGUCCUGCAUCUCUGUUGCAAGAACCUUAUCCUGUAG